UGAGUGUGUGUGUGCGCGCAGAGUUUUGGCACGAAACUCGCCCUCAGUAUCAGAGAAGGGGCGGAGUUGAGAGAUAUUUGUGCUCCACUGGACUGACUGUGUGUGGUGGUGGAAGAGGAGGGAGGGGGGAGUUUCAUUAAAGGGGAAAUUCCACACUCACUCACACGCUAGACGAUGUCGGUGGCGUUUGCUACACCGCGGCAGCGCGGGAAAGGUGAAAUUACACCUGCCGCCAUUCAGAAGUUACUGGAUGAAAACAACCAGCUAAUCCAGUGUAUCAUGGACUACCAGAGCAAAGGGAAAUCCGCUGAAUGUUCUCAGUACCAGCAGAUGCUUCAUAGAAACCUGGUCUACUUAGCAACCAUAGCAGAUUCCAAUCAGAACAUGCAGUCGCUGUUGCCAGCUCCUCCAACACAAUCCAUGCCAAUGGGGUCCGGGUCUAUCAACCAGAGUGGAAUGACCCAGCUUGCUCACGGGCACAGCAUGGCAGCGGAUGGCAUGGUCGGAGGGGGUGCACCUGUGCUUCACAUGCAGAACCAGAUGAACGGCCAGAUGCCAGGAUCCAACCACAUGCCAGUGCAAGGUCCCGUACAGGCUGGUCUGGUCAACGCCUCGGUCAGCAUGCCAGCCGGUAGCCACAGCUCGAUGGGCGGCUACAGUCACUCUGUGCCCUUGUCGCAGUCGAUGCCGGUGCAGAGCCAGAUAAAUGUGAGCCAGGGGCAGUCGAUGGGGAGUUACGGACCCCGACCUAACAUCAACAUGCAGCCAAGCCAAGGUCCAAUGAUGCACCAACAAGCACCUGUCUCUCAGUUCAAUAUACCCCAGGGAGGGGCUCAACAUUAUCCCAACCAGCCACCAAUGACCAUGAUGAGCCAAGUAAACCAGGCUAACCACAUGUUGGGGCAAAGACAGAUACCCCCAUACAGACCGGCUCAGCAAGGUGCUCUUCAACAGUUUUCAGGUCAGGAGGAGUACUACAAUGAUCAGUUCAAUCAUGGGCAGGGUGCUCCAGAAAGCAUGAACCAGCAGUAUUAUCCCGAUGGCAACCCACAGUACGGGCAGCAGCAGGACGCCUACCAGCAAGGACCCUCCCAGCAGCAGGGCUACCUGGCGCAGCAGUACACGGCCCAGCAGGGCUACCCCCCUCAACAGCAGGGCUACGUUGCUUCACAAGGUGCCCCAGGUCAGUACAGCAGCUACCCGCAGGGGCAGCAGUACGGAGGAUACAGACCACCUCAACCAGGCCCCCCUCAACAGCAGCAGCGACCCUAUGGCUAUGAACAGAACAUGCAAUGAAGCUGCCACGGUGACCAGGCAGGGAUUUUUCCGAAGAUCUCGGCUCCAGUUGGUGUCCACCAGUCAAAGACAACUCUACAAUCAAACGUUUCCAACAUGUUUCGGAGAGGGUGAGGAAGAUCGGGUGGGUGGCCUGUUGGUCUCGGGAGGAAAAGAAGCUUUGGUUGUCCCUCCCCCCUGGCCAGUGAGUGAACUGGUACCAACGCCUUGCUUGCUCCCUCUACCUUGGGGAUGUUCCUGGAGAUGGUUAUCCUAUCUUCCUCGUCACUGUGCAGUCUAGCCUCGCACCAUUACUCAGUUCCAAUAACGUCUCGGAUAAUGUUGAGGAAAGUAGACCGCCUUGCGUUUGUUGGAAGACCAGAUCUCCCGCAAAGGAGGUUGUCCUAUCCGUCUUCAGGGCUGCCUGACCAGGUCUCACCUCCGAGGGACAGUACCACCUUCUCCUGCCCUUCCACCCGCUCCGUGUACCAGGCUCCACGCUCUUCCCAUCAUGCUUCUCCCUCCUCCGUAUAUCCGCACCGAGAUCCUGUCCAAGAAGCCCACACACUGAAGAAUCACCGGCUGGAGAUGUCGAGCUGGACAGAGAAGACAAUCUCAAAAGCUUUGGGUCCAAGCAAAAGUGAUUGAGAUUUCACUAAGUAUUACUGGCAAAAGCAAUCAACGGUCAUUUUCUUAAUCAAACCGAGUGUCUCCAAUACCCGAAGGGGAAAUGUCCUCGGCUUUAUUUAUAUCAAAUGGUUUUUUUAAACAGUGUUGCUCAAAA